GCCAACUCCUCUCCAUCCAUGCAGUAUCUGAGUCUGUGACUGAGGAUGUUCAGAGAAGGCGUGAAGAGCUGAUGAAAAUGUUCUCACUGGGCUUGCUGGUGUUGCUGCUUCUGGGUGAGACUUCAGCUCUACAAUUACUCCAGGAAAAAUCCUCAGUUUUAGCUGUUACUGGGAGUGCCAUGUCUUUUCACUGCACUAUAGAGGCAAAGUUUAGCAUGAGCAGCUACACAAUGCAGUGGUACAAGCAAGCUUAUUACAGAGCACCUUUAGAGUUUCUAAUGAUGGAGUAUGAGCAGGCCACAAAGAAAAUGAAUGUUGCCCUAAAGAAAGCUGAAAAUAAAUUCAGCCUGAACAUUUCAGAUUUGACGAUGCAGGACAGUGCCAUUUAUUACUGUGCUGCCAGACACAAUAAAAAUGUUAAAAUCUCUGAGCCAGUGGUCAAGGUGCUAGAUGUUUCAGAGAAGGAAGCAUGUCAAAAGACAAAUAUCACACUGGUGUGUCUGGCUGAAAGUUUUUAUCCUGACCAUGUGGAUGUGAUCUGGACUGUUGACGGAGAUAAUCGUACCACAGAUGUUAGCACAGACGAAGCUGCCAUUCAAAACGAUGAAACAAAAUUUUACAGCAUCUCCAGCAGACUGAACAUCAAUUACAAAAAUGAGUGGACUAAAGGCAAAAAGUUCACUUGUACUGUCAGGUUCUACAAUGGGAAAGAAUACACAGAAAACAGUCACUUCAUAACAGGACCAAAAAUUGAGGGUGACGAGGAACGUACCGAAAAGUAUGUUCUAUCAGUGAAUACAACUAUGCUGGCCUAUGGCAUGUUCAUUGCCAAAAGCAUUGCGUACGGCACAUUCAUCCUGUACAUCAUCAAGAGACAGCCAUCAGUGCAUUUAAGCUGUCGCAGUUUAUGUCAGGCCUUAUGUCAGUGUGCCAGCUUUGCCGACUUGAAAUUUGGCCCGGGGACGAGACUAACAGUUCUAGAACCCAACAUGACCAUCACGAGUCCAACUGUAACCAUGCUGCCACCUUCUCCAAAAGAGCUCUGCAAUGCCCAGGAAAAAAAUACCAAUGUAACUUUGGUGUGUUUAGCCACAGAUUUUUAUCCCGAUCAUGUUAUCAUUACUUGGCAAGUGAACACAAAAGAGAGAGAUACUAAUGUUGCAACAGACCAUGUGGCCCAACAAAACCGAGGCUCAAGGUUUUACAGCAUGUCCAGCAGACUGCAUGUCAAUCAUGCUGAGUGGACCAAUGUCAAGAACAAUUUCACUUGCAUCAUUUCUUUCUACAAUGGAUAUAAACACGAGAAGCUUGAAAACACCAUCACAUAUUCACCAGGCAAAAUACCAGUGAGGGUGUAUGUCACAGUACAGUUUGGCUACUUGCUGUUUAUUUUCAAAAGUCUCCUGUAUGCUGUUUUGGUCAGCAUUUUGGUGUGGAUGUGCAAGGCUACAAAAGAGAAGACACUGGUGACAGAAAAUGGAGACAUUAUGAUUAACUAAGUAAUAUUCAGCAAAUAUGCCUAUAAAUAAAACUUUCAAGCACAGUCGCAAAUUACAAAAUUAUGAGCUAAUGUAUGUGAUUGUAUUUGCAUUCUUCAGCUUUACUAGAUUUAAUUUUAGAGCAUUAGUUAUAUGUAAUAGUAUGUGCUAAUAUAUCCUGUAUGGCUGUACAACUAUACCAUGCAAUCUUUUCAUUAUUUGCUGUAUAUUUCUUAGCAUACAAUACCAUUUUUCCUUUACAUUAUUUAGCAGAUUAGUUACUAUACAACAGUCCAUGAGUUUCCUCAUUAAUAAGUCAUAAGUAACAUUAACAAAGUAUUUAACAGUUAUAUUUGAUCUUUUUUUAAGUCCACAGUGUUGAACAAGUUAUUUAAUGUUUGCAAUGUUGUUUUAAUGUUAAAAAGUAAAUGUUGUAUGUCUUAGUUAGUCAUCAUUAGGAACUGUAGUAUCAUUUUUGCUCCUUUGUACGGAAUUAUUUUUAGUCAUUGAUUGAAUAAAGAGUAGACAGUGCUUUUUAACAUUUAACAGCAUUGAUAAAUACAUGUGUUAACUUACUUUGUUGCUUUUAUAGCCAUUACAAUAUGUAGAUAUUAACUUGUGCAGUAAUUAACAUAAUGUAAAAAUUCAUAAUGUAAAAAUUUUUCUUAG